UUGGGGGCGGUGCCAGGUUUGAGGGUCGCGCUCAGUGGCCGCGCUCGCCAGGACCAUGUUUCGAGGGGCGCUAUGGCUCUUGGCAGGUCGAGGCUGUGUGGGCCGGGGGCUAAGCACACGCAGUGGAGGCUCGACUCCGGACUGGACUGAAAAGGUGUCUGAAAUUAAGAAGAAGAUCCAGUCGGCUCUUCCUGGAGGGGCCUGGGAUCCACUGUAUGACACCAGCCACCUGCCCCCUGAACACUCGGAUGUCGUGAUUGUGGGGGGUGGGGUGCUUGGCCUGUCCGUGGCCUAUUGGCUGAAGAGGUUGGAGAAGCCCCGAGGUGCCAUCAGGGUGCUGGUGGUGGAUCGGGACCACACGUAUUCCCGGGCCUCUACCGGGCUUUCCGUGGGCGGGAUCCGCCAGCAGUUCUCGCUGCCUGAGAACAUCCAGCUCUCCCUCUUUUCAGUGGACUUUCUACGGAACAUCAAUGAGUACCUGGCGGUAGUCGAUGACCCUCCCCUGGACGUCCAGUUCAACCCCUCAGGGUACCUUUUGCUGGCCUCAGAAAAGGGCGCUGCAAUCAUGGAGAACAACGUGAAAGUGCAGAGGCCGGAUAUGGCAGCCCUGCCCUCUGUGAUAACCAUGGUCAGUCAAGAGCAGGAAUCGGCAACAGACAGGUCUCCAAGUCUCACACGUGACAUCAGGCAGGAAGGAGCCAAAGUGUGUCUGAUGUCCCCGGAGCAGCUGCAGAACAAGUUUCCCUGGAUUAACACGGACGGAGUGGCCUUGGCGUCUUACGGGUUGGAGGGUGAAGGUUGGUUUGACCCCUGGUGUCUGCUCCAGGGGCUUCGGCGAAAGAUCCAGUCCCUGGGGGUCUUUUUCUGCCAGGGAGAGGUGACACGUUUCAGCACAUCAUCUAGCCGCAUGCAGACCAGCGGUGGGAAAGAGAUGACUUUGAAGAGGAUCCAUGAAGUCCAUGUGAAGAUGGACCACAGCCUGGAAUACCAGCCUGUGGAAUGUGCGCUCGUGAUCAAUGCCGCCGGGGCCUGGUCUGGGCAAGUAGCAGAGCUGGCUGGUAUUGGGAAGGGGCCACCUGGCACCCUGGAGGGCACCAAGCUACCUGUGGAGCCGAGGAAAAGGUACGUGUACUUCUGGCACUGCCCCGAGGGACCAGGCCUGGAGACUCCGUUCAUGGCAGACACCAGUGGAGCCUAUUUCCGCCGGGAAGGAUUAGGCCACAACUACUUGGGUGGCUGCAGCCCCACCGAGGAGGAGGAACCAGACCCGGGGAACCUGGAAGUGGACCAUGAUUUCUUCCAGGACAAGGUGUGGCCCCAUUUGGCCCACCGAGUACCAGCUUUUCAGAGCCUGAAGGUUCGGAGCGCUUGGGCCGGCUAUUACGACUACAACACCUUUGACCAGAACGGCGUGGUGGGCCCCCACCCCCUGGUCGUCAACAUGUACUUUGCCACAGGCUUCAGUGGCCAUGGGCUCCAGCAGGCCCCCGCCGUGGGCCGAGCUGUGGCCGAGAUGGUGCUAAAGGGCCAGUUCCAGACCAUCGACCUGAGCUCCCUCCUCUUCAGCCGCUUUUACUUGGGAGAGAAGGUCGAAGAGCGCAACAUCAUUUGAGCCUGUAAGCUCUUCGCUGGCCCCACUUCCCCAUCUGUCACCCCUGGUCACAUCCUGGCCCAUGUUCACGUCCUCCUCCCCAGCAUCAUGCCAAGAGCUCCUCCAUCCUCCUCUCACUCAGGUGAUUCUGUCCCCAUGUGGCUGGGCAGGUGGGCAGGCUGCAGGCUCUGAGGUUCUGCGCCUGAGGCCCAGGCUGACAGAAUGAGGGAGCAGGACCCUGGGACUGAUCCCUGGCCCAGGCUGAUGCUGCCCACCAAGGCGAUCCAGCUGGACAGCACGCCUCAGUGGUCCUGAGCACCAGGCCCAGGGCUGGCUCCCUCCUGGCACCAACCAGAAAGAUCACCACUUCCCCUCUUCGCAGAGCCCAGGCAGGGAGCAUUCCGGUGCAGCUGGCCCCAAUUUAUUAUCAAUCAAUAAAUGUGAUGAACUCCUUCCUG